GUCCUGGAAAGUUUAGUUCAUUGGCUGCUUUCAGGGGGGGUCUCAGUUCUCUCCAAGAAGCUUCCCCGUCUCCCUGGCAACCUGAGCUGCCACCAAUUGCAGCUGAGAAUUAGUGGUCACGUGGCCUCGGUCGCUUCCCGAGAGGAGGGAACAUGGCGGCCCCGGCAAGCAGUAGAUGCGGGGUUUGAAUUACUAUACUUGUAUCAGCGGCAUCCCUGCUCAUGGCGUCUCUGCCGUUGUGCGGUUCGGUUCGGAGCCCAGAGGGACUCCCUGGAGACCCUUCUUCACAAGAAGAAGAUCACGAUUAUGAUCCUGAAGAUCCGGUCAGCGACUCGGGUUCAUACUCCUCUACGAGUACAGACUCUAAUGACCUUGAGCCUGAAUGGCUGGACAGUGUGCAGAAGAAUGGAGAGCUGUUUUAUUUGGAGCUGAGUGAGGAUGAGGAGGAAAGCCUCCUUCCUGAGACACCUACUGUGAACCAUGUCAGAUUCAGUGAAAAUGAGAUCAUUAUCGAAGAAGAUGAUUACAGAGAAGGAAAAAAGUAUGAACCCAAACUCAAGCGGUUUACCAAGAUUUUAAAAAGUAAAAAACUUUUACCCAAGCGCUAUAAUAAAAAACAUAGUAACGCCAGUGGGCCAGUAUCCAUUCUAAAGCAUCAGUCCAAUCAGAAAACGGGAGUUGUUGUCCAGCAGCAGCACAAAGAUGUGACUAUCUACGUAAACCCCAAAAAGCUAACCGUCACCAAAGCCAAAGAGCAGCUCAAGCUUCUGGAAGUACUUGUUGGGAUUAUCCAUCAGACCAAGUGGAGCUGGAGAAGAACUGGAAAACAGGGCGGUGGAGAGAGGCUUGUGGUCCAUGGCCUGCUACCAGGAGGAUCUGCAAUGAAGAGUGGUCAGGUUUUAAUUGGUGAUGUCCUCGUUGCUGUGAACGAUGUGGAGGUGACCACUGAGAACAUAGAAAGAGUUCUGUCUUGUAUUCCUGGACCUAUGCAGGUGAAACUGACAUUCGAAAAUGCAUAUGCUAUGAAAAAGGAAACAACUCAACCAAGACAGAAAAAGGCACAGUCGAACACAAGUGAUCUAGUCAAACUUCUGUGGGGAGAAGAGGUAGAAGGUAUCCAGCAGAAUAUUCUAAACACUCCUCACAUCGUUAUGUACCUCACACUGCAGCUUGACUCGGACACAUCAAAGGAAGAGCAGGAAAUCCUUUAUCAUUAUCCAGUUUCUGAGGCAUCUCAAAAACUCCGGAGUGUGAGAGGGAUAUUUCUCACACUGUGUGACAUGUUGGAAAAUGUAACUGGGACACAAGUUACGAGCUCAUCCCUUUUUUUAAAUGGAAAACAAAUUCAUAUAGCUUAUUGGAAAGAAUCUGACAAGCUGUUGUUAAUUGGCCUGCCUGCCGAGGAAGUACCUCUUCCUCAGCUAAGGAAUAUGAUAGAAGAUGUUGCCCAAACCUUAAAAUUUAUGUAUGGUUCUUUAGAUAGUGCCUUUUGCCAGGUUGAGAAUGUUCCUCGUUUGGAUCAUUUUUUCAGCUUGUUUUUCCAAAGAGCACUUCAGCCCACGAAACUACAUUCGAGUGCCAGUCCCAGCACACAGCAGUAUGAUGCUUCCAGUGCAGUACUCUUAGACAAUCUCCCUGGAGUUCGGUGGCUCACACUUCCCCAGGAAAUUAAGUUGGAAUUAGACACGGCAUUGAGUGACUUGGAGGCCGCAGAUUUUGCAGAACUGUCUGAGGAUUACUAUGACAUGAGACGGCUAUAUACAAUUUUGGGGUCUUCUCUAUUUUACAAGGGGUAUCUGGUAUGCAGUCAUUUGCCUAAGGAUGAUCUUACUGAUAUUGCUGUGUACUGUCGCCACUACUGCCUGCUGCCUUUAGCAGCAAAACAGAGGAUUGGUCAGUUGGUAAUAUGGAGGGAAGUAUUUCCUCGACAUCACCUCCAGCCUUCUGCAGACUCAAACACUGAAGUCUUUCAGGAACCUGAAGGGAGAUAUUUUUUGCUAAUUGUUGGCUUGAGACAUUAUAUCUUAUGUGUACUAUUAGAAGCUGGAGGCUGUGCGUCCAGAGCCAUUGGGAAUCCUGGACCAGAUUGUAUAUAUGUGGAUCAGGUCAAAACAACUCUUCACCAGCUGGAAGGGGUAGAUUCCCGCAUAAAUGAACGGCUAGCCUCUUCUCCAACCCCCUGCUUGUCUUGUGCUGACUGGUUCCUUGCUGGGUCACAUGAAAAAUUAGAUAAUUUAACCACCUCACCUAUCCUCAGUAGGCUGCACAGUGCUUCCAAGAUCGCAACCUCUCCAACAUGCAGAAGAACCCUUUUCGGUGACUAUUCCUUAAAGACACGUAAGCCCAGUCCAUCCCGAAGUGGAGGACCUGACAAUGGUCUUGAAGGUGAAGGUGUUGGCCUGAGCCCCCACACUACAGAAUCUCAGGGUUCGGAUGGUUCAGAAGAAACUGGAGCCUUGCUUAAGGUUACUAAAAAGAAGUCUACUCUUCCAAAUCCAUUUCAUUUGGGGAACCUGAAAAAGGACCUUUCAGAAAAAGAACUGGAUAUAUAUAACACAGUGAAAUUGACAUCUGGUCCUGAGAACACACUUUUCCAUUAUGUUGCCUUAGAAACAGUGCAAGGGAUCUUUAUUACUCCUACCCAUGAAGAGGUGGCACAGCUGAGCGGCUCUAUCCACCCUCAACUGAUAAAGAACUUCCAUCAGUGUUGUCUCUCCAUUCGUGCAGUUUUCCAGCAGACGUUGGCUGAAGAGAAGAAGAAAGCACUAAAUGGUAAAGAUCACUCAGGUUCAACAAAUUCAGUGUCUUCUCUGAGCCCUGUGAAAGAACAUGGUGUAUUGUUUGAAUGCUCACCUGAAAACUGGACUGAUCAGAGGAGAGCACCACCAGUUAUGGCUUACUGGGUAGUAGGGAGGCUGUUUCUUCAUCCCAAACUUCAAGAACUUUAUGUCUGUUUUCAUGACUCAGUUACAGAAAUUGCCAUUGAAAUGGCUUUUAAAUUGUUCUUUGGAUUAACCUUGUAGCUGUAUUUUCUUGACGCAUAGCAACACUGUGCAGAGACCAUCAAGCACGGUUAGAACUGCUGAAAUCUAUUCACAAAGAGAUAAGGUUUAACUUCUUUUCACUAAUCAAUACUGAACAUAAGGCUGAUGAAGACGCUGCUGGAUUUGAUGCACUAAAUCUUAUUCUGAGACUUUUGAAGAAAAUACUUGAUCAAAAUAUGAAGAAGAGAUUGUUAACUUAUUUUCCAUUUUGGUAUAUAACAUUAAUUUAUUUACUGAUUUGAAAUAAUGUGAUGUAUUUUAUGUAAAAUUAAUAUAAGAAUGCUUAUCUUGGGAAAAAACCCAAUAUUUUCUGUAUUUUUCUCAAGACUAGUAUUGAUAUUUGGCAAAACAAUCAUGAAAUUGGGAGGAGAUGACCAGGUUCUGUUACUAAUUAGUGUUGUGACCAUGAGCAAGUUUUUGUACCUCUCUGAGCUCAGAUUUUUCAUGUACAAAUGAAAUGACUGUUUUGAGGUGUCUAAAGAUCCUCUUCAGUAAAAUGAGCAAUUUUGUCCCUCUAACCUAUUGUUCGGUACCUAAAUUUGUAAUGUUGAGUACUGAUUCCUUCUUAGAUGAGAUACUUUUAUGUGUUUUAGUAGAUACCUCACUGUGGGGGAAGAGGAGUGAAAAUUAAACUUACUUUUUUAUUUAUUUGAUUUUCUUUACUCAUUCAGGUCAGUUCUAUUUUGACUAGGAUAUAUAUUUGUAAACUAUUUGUUCAUAUACUUUCAUUGUUUUUCUCUUUUUUGAAAUAUAUUCAGGUAUACACACAUUUUAUACAAGUUCAUGAAUUUUAGGAAAGUUUUAUGUAAAUCUUUAAAAAAAAACCCAAUCAUGUUGAAAACAAUGAAAAAGUUAA